AGCCACUUCCGUGAAAAUGACAACAGGAGACCGUAGCCGAGUUCGUUCUUUACUUUCGGUAUCGUUUUAAAUGAAACCCAGUUGUUUGGACUGGCUCUGGGGCUUCUUCCACUGCGGAACAGCGCCAGACUGAAUUACACAUUUUAACCGCGAGUUAAGCAAAGCUGUUUCACAAUGUCCGUGGUGUUUCAGAGCAGCCACGGCUGGGUUUUGGACGCAUGCUCACUCAUUGAUGAGGGGUAUUCGCCAUGCGUCCGAUUUAAGGACAACCGAAAGUCACCGGUCAAGUGUCGUUUCAAAAGGCAGUGCUUUCAUAUUGCUAAAAGCCACUGUGGUGUGAAUGAUGCUGCUGCGGGCGGAGGAAACGCGGAUAUGUUGCAGAAAACAGACAAACCUUCGAAGAAAAGGAAACACAAACUUAACCAGGGGGAAGCUGAUUCACAGGCCUUUCACGAGAAGAUCAGGUCUGUGAUCCUGGAGGGAACCAAGUCUUUGGUGGAUUCUGUCCAAUCUCUCGGAUACUUGAACGGACUCACAGAAACAGCGAGAGAGCCUCUUCCUUCCCAGGACUGCAACCUUGCUGCUCUUUGUGAAAUGGCUAAAGAACUCCCUCUAGUGGAUGAAGAAGAGCUGGAGGACUGCGUUCAACUGCUCCACACAGAACAUGGAAGCACCUCACAUGUCGACUUAUUCUCUCGGAUGACAGAGAACAGGGCAGGCUGGGCCACAGUGGUUCCGCUGAUGGGAGAGGAAUAUGUAAUACCUCCAUACACAUCCUUCCUGCUCUCUGAUUUCACCAGAAUCCAGCCUCUAGUCCACUAUGGAAGGAGGUUUGACUUAAUAGUUAUGGAUCCACCAUGGGAAAACAAGUCUGUGAAAAGAAGUCGCAGAUACAGUUUUUUGCCCUCAACCCAGCUGAAACGGCUCCCGAUACCCACGCUGGCAUCUCCAAACUGCUUAGUGGUAACCUGGGUCACAAACCGGCAGAGUCACCUGCGUUUCGUCCUCGAUGAGCUCUAUCCACACUGGGGAGUAGAAGUUGUGGCCGAAUGGUUCUGGGUCAAGGUCACCACAUCUGGACAGUUUGUGUUUCCACUUGAUUCACAUCAUAAGAAGCCGUAUGAAGUGCUGGUGCUGGGCCGGUACCGGCCUCCUGCAGAUGACUCCACGAGCUCUUCGGAGAUGGCAGAGGUUCCUGUGGAGGAUCAGCGUUUGAUUGUCAGCGUCCCAUCAGCUCUCCACUCCCAGAAGCCCUCACUCUCAGAGGUGUUGAAGCCCUACGUCGGAGCCGAAGCCAAGUGUUUGGAGCUGUUUGCCCGAAGUCUUCAACCCGGAUGGACCAGCUGGGGCAAUGAAGUGCUCAAGAUUCAGCACACGAGUUAUUUCACUUUGACACCAGCAGAUGAUAGCGGAGACGUUCCUAAACAUGAGAACAAAGAUUACCGCACUGACAGUCCUACAACCACACCAGCGUUAAGCUCAACUUGAGAAUCCUCCUCCUCCUCCUCCUCCUCGUUACUAUCCCACCACUGUGGACUCAUGACUGAUCUUCAACACUUGUCACAUCAGUAUUUUAGUGUGUUUUUAAUAAAUAUUAAACGCCAAAUGAUUUCUA